ACCCCCCCCCCCUCUCUCUCUCUCAACUCUCUCUCUUAGGGUUUCGUCUUUAUCAUUCCUUCAACAGCAAAUCAGCUCGAUUUCUAACAUCCUCUCUCUGAAUCGAAAAUGGAGGCUCAACGUAAUUUAGAUGCGGAAAUAGAGGCGCUGUUGAAUGUAGAGAAGCAGAUUAGACUCGCCGGAGACGUCUCCGGAACCAAGAAGGCCGUCACUGAUAUCCUUCAACUAUGCUUCGAGGCCAGAGCGUGGAAGACCCUCAACGACCAGAUUGUUCUUUUAUCGAAACGGCGUGGCCAGCUUAAACAGGCUGUAACUGCAAUGGUCCAGCAAGCUAUGCAGUAUAUUGACCAGACACCGGAUAUUGAAUCUAAGAUUGAGCUCAUUAAAACACUUAACAGUGUGUCUGCAGGAAAGAUAUAUGUUGAAAUAGAGAGGGCUCGGCUGAUCAAGAAACUAGCAAAAAUAAAGGAAGAGCAAGGGCAUAUAGCUGAGGCAGCUGAUUUGAUGCAAGAAAUUGCGGUGGAAACAUUUGGUGCAAUGGCAAAAACUGAAAAAAUUGCAUUCAUUCUUGAACAAGUCCGGCUGUGUUUAGACCGCCAAGAUUAUGUUCGCGCACAAAUUCUCUCAAGGAAGAUCAGCCCAAGGGUUUUCGAUGCUGAUUCUUCAAAAGAAAAGAAAAAGCCCAAAGAAGGUGAUAGUGUUGUAGAAGAAGCACCAGCUGACAUUCCUUCUUUGCCAGAGUUGAAGCGCAUCUACUAUGAACUGAUGAUUAGGUAUCACUCCCACAGCAAUGAUUACCUUGAAAUUUGUCGUAGCUAUAAGGCGAUAUAUGAAAUCCCAUCUGUCAGAGAAGAUCCAGCUCAGUGGAUACCGGUCCUGAGGAAAAUUUGCUGGUAUUUAGUUUUGUCACCGCAUGACCCAAUGCAAUCAAGCCUUCUUAACUCCACCUUGGAGGAUAAGAAUCUUUCUGAAAUUCCAAAUUUCAGGUUGCUGCUGAAACAGUUGGUGACCAUGGAGGUUAUCCAAUGGAUAAGUCUUUGGAAUAUGUUUAAGGAUGAAUUUGAAAAUGAGAAGAACAUGCUUGGGGGCUCCUUGGGUGACAAAGCUGCAGAAGAUCUAAGACAGAGAAUAAUUGAACAUAACAUCCUUGUUGUCUCAAAAUACUACUCGAGGAUAACGUUAAAGAGACUUGCAGAGCUGUUGUGUCUUAGCGUCCAGGAAGCCGAGAAGCAUCUCUCAGAUAUGGUCGUGUCCAAGUCACUGGUUGCAAAAAUCGACAGGCCAAUGGGAGUUGUCUGUUUCCAGACGGCAAAGGACAGCAAUGACAUCCUUAACUCGUGGUCAAUGAACUUGGAGAAGCUGCUUGAUCUUGUGGAAAAGAGUUGCCAUCAAAUCCACAAGGAAACCAUGGUUCACAAAGCUGCCCUGAAAGUUUAAAAAUUAUGAUGUGACCAACUACUGGGAGGCCCAAACUCUGCUGGUUUCGUGGACUGAGCUAAUUGAUCAAAUAUUAAGUCGUAAUUUUCUUUACCCAGAUCGACCAGGCAUGCAUUUAAGAGGGUUUUUUUUACCUGGAAAUUUUCUUUUGUUGGAGGAGGAUAGAAAAGUUGAUAUGCCUCUAAAACUUGAAUCUUAGAAUGUUGUAUACUACCGGCACAUUACCCUUUACCACUGACUUCUGGCAGGAGCCAAAUUGGGAUAUUCUUUGAUAGCAGUGGAAGGAAAUUUGAGUGCUUUUACUUGUUUCCUCCAAUUCCUUGGCUUUGUUCUAAGAUUGAUUACAUUCUUCAUGGUUUAUAUUUUAUGCCCUUUUAACAUUUUUUCUUUUU